AUGGCUCUCUCUUCAAACGACAAAGCCCUGCGGCUCUUUCCCAAGUCAUACCUUGUGCCAUCCAUCAUCACGAAGAUUGUUUGGGCCAUACGUCCGCCUUAUUGCAAAGAAGUCAAGUUCAGCUCCGUCCCGGAGCUACACGAGGUCAUACGCGCAACACAGCAGAUCAGCACUGGUCCCGAAGCAACGGAAACACCACGCUUCGUAUUCUCCUGCGGCCAGAGAUUCCGCAAGAUAAAACUGGCACCGCCCAACACAACAUACUCUAGCCCCAACCGCCACGCGAAACCUGCAAGUCGGGCUGGAUUAAAGGCGGCCGAUGUUUCCGAACGUCAGCAUCCGGGGAUGUCGGGUACACCGGGCAGGUCCCGAGUCCCAGCUAACGGCUGGGUGGUGCUCCUUGUCCCAUGUCCCAACCUCCCAUCGUAUGGCACUACGGCUCCAGACAUCCAAGUUUCUGGGAGAGCACAAUGUCCCACAAUCCUACUUCCCAACGUCACUCAACGCGUAAAGGUGGCGGGAGUACACACGAUGGAAGAAGUUCACGCGGUGAAGAGACUUUGUACAUGGCACCUCCAUGAUUUCCUCACUGCCAAGUGCUCCUCCAAGAUAGUACCCCCUACUUUCAUAUGGGAACACAUACUCGCCCCUCGAGACAACCAGCAACUCAGGCCACCGCCAAUGAAAGCCAGUUCCGAUGCAUCUCUAUCUCAACACGAAGUUAGCGAAGGCAAGACAUGGCAUCGUGAGACGCAGUGGUUCUCGUGUCAGUUGGUACAUGAGCCCCCGAUGGCUGGACAUCCUACCGAUGAUGACACUUGGAAGACGUCUCGACUGGAACCGAUCCUCAUCCUCAGUCUUCACAUCACUGCUCUUCCCAGAGAUCCUCUUGCCCCCUAUUCUACUCCCUUUACCCAAAGCACUUCGAUCGUUUCUAAACAAACCGCAACCAUGAAGGUUCUGUCAGUGCUUGCGGCCCUCACCGUGGUCACGACCGCUGCUGCUGCCACGGUCGACCGCAGGGACACCGGGAACACGGUGGCCAAGUACAGGAGAACCGAGUACGGCGAUUACAAGGACGACUACAAGAAGGACGUCGACUACAAAGACGACGACGAUGAUUAUAAGAAGUACGACGAUUA